AUGUCUACCGAUAGCACUGACAGCCCUGCUACAAAUAAUAUACAUGACCCAACUAUUUUCCAAAUCAACGGGUUACUCAAAAUCAAGCUUUCUCAAUUCAAGUAUUUUACUUUUACAGUUAUUGGUAUAGCGUUGUUAUGGCCAUGGAAUUGUUUUCUCUCCGCGUCAGCUUAUUAUGGUGAAAGGUUUGUAAACUCUCCUUCCUUAGUAAAGGUUUACUCCUCGACUAUGAUGAGUGUUUCCACAAUCACCUCCACGGCGUACAAUUUUUACUUGUCACAACGACAAACAAAUGUCAAUUACAACUUUAGAGUGCAAGCUGGAUUUUGCAUUACAAUAUUUGUGUUUUUAUUCAUGGCUGUCUCAUGUGUGUCUGAUUGGAUAAUUGAUAUGAACGACUCGGCAUUUUUCACUACUUUGAUGUUUAUGGUGUUGUUGUCAGCCAUGGCCACAUGUCUAGCACAAAAUGGUACCAUGGCUAUCGUCAACGUUUUAGGUGGUAUUUAUGCCAAUGCAGUGAUGGUGGGUCAAGCUGUUGCUGGGGUUUUACCUGCAUGUGCUUUGAUUAUAUCAAUAUUAUUAGUUGGUGACAAGGUGUCCGAUCAGCAUCAUCGUGUUGAAAAAAACUAUGGAGUAUUUGUGUACUACAUUACUGCAAGUUUGGUGUGUAUAAUUUCCUUAUUGCUACUAUAUUUGGUCACUUACCACAAGAACGAAGUUGGCUACCAAAGGCUCAAUCAAUUAGUAGAAGAAGAUGACUCUGGCGCAGUUGACGAGCAAGAGGUGGUCGAUCCAAUACACACACAGAAGAAGUUUGUACCCUUUACUGUAUUAUGGGGGAAACUAAACCUAAUUGUAAUGACUAUAUUUUUCACGUUUGGAAUAACCUUGAUAUUUCCUGUCUUUGCAUCGGUGGUGGAAUCUGUGCAUACCGAUUCUCAGUCAAGAUUUCUCAAUAAGAACAUUUAUAUACCGUUCAUAUACUUGGUUUGGAACCUUGGUGAUUUGCUAGGUAGGGUUCUUUGUGGGUAUCCAAGACUAAAUAUGUUGAUCAAGAGUCCAAAAACUCAACUUGUUUACGCGUUAUCGCGGUUGGUAUUUAUCCCCUUGUUUUUGACAUGUAACAUACACCCGGGCCAGUCCGAGCCAUUUAUAAAGUCAGACUUGUGGUACAUUGGUUUACAGUUACUUUUCGGAAUAUCAAAUGGUCAAUUGUGUACCUCUGCAUUUAUGAUUGUCGGAGACUAUUGUGAUACAGAUGAAGAAAAAGAGGCAGCUGGUGGGUUUACAACAGUGUUCUUAAGCACCGGCUUAGCAGUCGGUAGUGUAUUGAGCUAUUUAUUAGUGUUGGCAGUAAACUAA